AAGGCAUGUGCGCCUGCACGUAGCAUUCAGACAGAGAAAAUCCAACCCAGACCUCCGCAUAGCCAACAGUUCACCGAAACAUCACAGGAGAGGAGGAGGAUCCUCUGCUCGUUUAUUCAAGUCUUCACCGAGGAAGUCACUUUUACAUUAGAGGACACAUCGGCUGAGGACGCGGGGAUUCUGCUUCCCACAGGAUGCUUUGGAAAAGAAUGGAGCUUCCAUGUUGCUUUUUAGUGCUUCUGAGCUGCCUGCAGUCGCUCUCAGCCCACAAUGAUUUCUUCACCUCCAUAGGCCAGAUGACAGAUCUGCUGUACACUGAAAAAGACCUCGUCACAUCUCUGAAGGAUUACAUCAGAGCAGAGGAAAACAAACUGGAGCGGGUCAAACGGUGGGCGGACAAGUUGGAUUCCCUGACAGCAACAGCCACACAGGACCCUGAAGGGUUUUUAGGCCACCCUGUCAAUGCUUUCAAACUGAUGAAGAGGCUGAACACAGAGUGGGGGGACCUGGAGAGUCUGGUACUUAGUGACACCACUGAUGGAUUUAUCUCCAACCUAACCAUCCAAAGACAGUACUUUCCCACUGAGGAGGACCAAACUGGGGCUGCUAAAGCUUUGCUUCGGUUACAGGACACCUAUAAACUUGAUGCCAACACCAUUUCAACAGGAAACCUUCCUGGAGUAAAGCACAAGAGCCAGAUGACAGUGGAGGACUGUUACGAGCUGGGGAAAAUAUCCUACUCAGAUGCUGAUUACUACCACACAGAGCUGUGGAUGGCCCAGGCCCUGAAACAGCUCGACGAGGGAGAGGAGUCCACCAUAGACAAGGUGACGGUGCUGGACUACCUCAGUUACUCCAUCUACCAGCAGGGGGAGAUUAAGCGAGCUCUAGAGUACACCUUGAAGCUGCUUCAACUCGACCCAGAGCACCAGCGUGCCAAAGGCAAUGUGAAGUACUUUGAGUAUCAGCUGGAGAAGCAGAAAAAAGAGGCAGAGGAAAAAGCCCAGAAACCAGAGGAGGGAGAAAAAGAGGAGACACCCAAAAAAAAGAAACGGUCCUCAAAGAAAUCCUUCUCUCUGAUCCCAGAGAGGAAGAAGUACGAAAUGCUUUGUCGAGGGGAGGGGCUUAGGAUGACCCCCCGCAGAGAGAGCAGGCUGUUUUGUCGAUACUAUGACAACAACCGCCACCCCAGGUAUGUGCUGGCACCUAUCAAACAGCAAGAUGAGUGGGACCGCCCCUACAUCGUUCGUUACCUUGACAUUAUCUCUGAUGAAGAAAUCGAGAAAAUCAAGCAACUGGCGAAGCCACGACUAAGACGGGCCACGGUGCAUGACCCUCAAACUGGGAAACUUACCACAGCCCAGUACAGAGUCUCCAAGAGCGCUUGGCUCACCAGUUAUGAAGAUCCAGUGAUUGAAAAGAUCAAUGAGAGGAUUGAGGCCAUCACAGGUCUGGAAAUGGACACAGCAGAAGAACUUCAGGUUGCCAACUAUGGUGUUGGAGGGCAGUAUGAACCUCACUUUGACUUUGGAAGGAAAGAUGAACCAGAUGCCUUUAAAGAGCUGGGAACUGGAAAUCGUAUUGCGACUUGGCUAUUUUAUAUGAGUGAUGUGACUGCAGGGGGAGCCACAGUAUUCCCUGAUGUAGGUGCAGCAGUUUGGCCUAAAAAGGGUACGGCUGUGUUCUGGUACAAUCUGUUUGCCAGCGGGGAAGGAGACUACAGCACCCGGCAUGCAGCCUGUCCAGUGUUAGUGGGCAACAAGUGGGUAUCAAACAAGUGGAUCCAUGAACGGGGUCAGGAGUGGCGGCGACCCUGCGGCUUGAAUGAAACUGAAUGAUGUAAAGAGAGAA